AUGCAGGAGCUGCCGAUUCAAGAAGAGAGGAACCUUGUCAGCGAACAUUACCUCGCCGAGCAAGACUCCAACCACCACCAACGCUUUGCUUCUUGCCUCCUUCCAACCAAGGAAAAACCUCUGCAUCUGUCCACGAGCAUUACAGACGAUCCUCAACCCCCCCAGCCCGAAUCGAACCGAACCGAACAGAGCCCAAUGCCAUCCAUCGCCGAGGAGCAUCCACGGCUGAUGGCGUCCGGCAGGAAGCGUAGACGAGACGUCAACGACGCCAACACCAACAACGAAUUGCAGUUACAAGGCCCCCUGCACGAGAAGCUCGCCCAGUACCAGGCCGCGACGAACAACUGGAACGCUGACGGCGUUUUUGGAGGCAGGCCCAUUCAGCAGCAGAUUCAACAACAGCAGCAGCAACAGCAAAGCAUUUUCCCCCGUUUCCCCAGCAGUAACAAUGACCUGAUGAGGUUCCAAUAUGGCUUCCCCAGCACCAUCGUCCCCGAAGACUCUCGCCAGAACCUCGACUCGUUGCCUCGCAAGAUAGCGCCACUUCCUGUAGCCAAACGGCAGCGCGUGUUCCACGACGACAACAUUGAUCAUGUGGAUCUGGGUAGCUUGAAUAGCGAUCCUACACCACAGCAUGAUCCGCAGCAAAGACGGGGCAGCAGGUCGUCGACAGAGUCUCACCCCACCUCCCAUGCGGCGCGAGACCAAGCGGACGCGGCUGGCAACAGACCCAAGACGCCCUCAUCCUUGGCCCCCUGCCACAUCUGCCAUCGCCGCCCCACCAAGAAAUCAGACCUCGACUCAUUUGCAGACUGCCAGGGUUGUGGCCAGCGAUCGUGUUACGUCUGCGUUAGAGAGUGCCAGGGCUGGGAGAAGGAUGGACGGCCGAGCAGCAACGGUGGCAUCAACAGCGCGCAACAGGAGCAAGAAGAGCAUGGCGGAGUCGACCUCUCACGAUCGUGUACUAUGGAUGAUGUCGAUGAUGACAGACAACGACAAUCAAGAGCAGACGAGGAGUCAAAGAGGACCGGUCAGGCCACACGACACGACGGUUGGACGGGCGGCGGUCAUAGGCAGAUGGUCUGCAGUCGCUGCUGUAUCGAGAAGGGCACCGAGGGCGACGUUGUUUGCCUGGGCUGUCUGUCACGUAUAGAAUCAGUUUGA